ACGUAUGGGGUGAAAUUACGGUAGAUCGCUAUGGAAACCCAUAGAACACAUAAGUCGACACAAAUCGAAUUCAGUUGUCUGAAGUAAACGUCAGCCUUGAAACAGGGGUUAUUGGAACAAACUAACAUUAACGAUUAAUUUCAAUUGAAUUUUAAUCUAUUGCUUCAAUGGAAAUCAACGAAGACAAGGUCGAAGAAAAGAAGAAUGGUUUGAGAAGGAAAAUGUCCUCGGCAGAGAGGGACUUAUGGUUGAAACCAUUGCUGAAGUUGAAACAACAGGAGAUCAUUCUUGAUAGGGGAGUGGCUUGUGCCAUCGAUAACAUGAAAAUCGAUAAGGAUUUGUUGCAGGAAAUUAUUCACGAACGCAAGGAAAUGUCAUCUAAAAGGCAAAUCUUUUUGAACACGAUGUAUAAGUACAUGGAAGACAUCGCUACAGAAAUGGAUUCUAUUAAACUCGUAGCGAGGAAUCCAGAAGAACUAAAGAAAUUAGAUGUGAACACGUACAAACUAAAAUUGAUCAAAUUUUGGCAAAAGAUGCAGGAUUUCAAAAAAUCCUGUUGCAUCGAGGCUCUGGUGGAAGAACAGGCAACGCUUAGGAAUGAAUUACGCGACUUCGAGCCACGAAUAAAAAAGUAUGAACAUUUUCAGAAGAACGUUUUAUCAGCGUGCCAAAGUAGAAUCGAAAGCAGAAGAGAAAGGAAGGAUUACAGGGACGCGGAAGAUUUCCAUGCACUUGUUGCGAGAACAGGACACACGGAAAACUGGAGCACGGAUGAUCAUUUAUACUUCUUGAAAAUGCGGAAGAAAUGUAAUAACAUUCCAGCUCUGGUCGCCGCUGUACAGAAGAAAUUUCCUGAUUUAUCAACGGAGACUAUAGUGAAUCACGAGGCAUGGUACAAAUUGUACACAGACCUGCGGGAAAAACAAAAAUCAGUUGUAAAAGAAUGGCGACAGAAGAGGGAGCUAAAGAAAAUAAAGAGUGCCGAAGAAUCCAGAAACAAUCAAAAUUAUUUUGAAGAAAAUGAUGACUCGAACGAAAAAGAGAAAACGGAAGUUUUUAAAAAGAAGAAACUAUCGCGAAGCGAAGCUUCCAGGUCGAACCACAGUGCAGAUUCCAACGUAAGUCUAAAGAAGGACUUAAUUAAAAAAUGGCGGAUGGAAAAGGAGAAUAAACGCACGAUGGACGAAGAACAACUGAAAAUUCGGAUAAAAUUAAAAAGAGAAACUGAAGAGAAACAAAGAAGAAGGCGUAGGGAGAAAAUUCUGGAAGCUUUGGAGGAAUAUAAAAAGAAGAAGUCACUAGAGAGUGCCUCGAGGGAAUCGAGUGCCAAUUCGAAGGACAAGUGUACUUAUGAUUCGGAACUAGUUAAAGCUUUCAGGAAGCAGGAUAAAGAGUACACGAAAAAAAGAAAAGAGCUGAUACUGCGUUCGCAAAAAUCGCAUAAGAUUGAAAUGACGGAAGCAAAGAGAUCCGUGCUUUUGAAUAACAAAAACUUUUCUACUUUGUUGAAUAGCACGGUGGUUUGGAGAGAGAAAUGUAAAUUUGAAGACCCAGUGGGACGUUCCAACGAGCCACAGUACGUUAAAGACAUUCCAAAGCUGUGCUUUCGAUGGAGGAACGAAGAAUCAGAAGAUCUGAAAGAUUUAAUAACAUUUAUUUGAAAAGAUAACAGAACAUUUAUACGCUAUAAUAUAGUUCAGUGAUGACGAAGAAUUUAAAAAUAUCGUACUAUUG